UUUUACUUAUCUCAAAUAUUAUUAAUUAAGUAUGUGUAACUUAUAAGAACAUAAAUACAUUUUAAUCAUUUUUAAUUUAUAUGAAAAAUGUUAGAGCGAUUAAUUGUGAUGUAUGGUGUAGUAUCUGUGGGGCAGAGGAGGAAGCCACAAAUCAUGUCCUCUUCAAAUGUCCAGCAUCAUUACAAACUUAGGCUUUAUACAGGGUUCCUUCUCAUCCAGGAAAGUUUUCGUCCUCUUUGAUUUUCACUAGCUUAGACUAUCUUUUUUUGGAGGCUUCCGAAAGACGAUGAUUUCAGCUAUUUUUCAUGGAUCAUGUGGUAUAUAUGGAAGAAUAUAAACAACAAAAUUUAUAAGAAUAAGAACGAGAAUCCGCAGGAAAUUCUACGCAUAACUGAAGUAGAAGGUGCACUUUGGGCUGAGAUGCAGUUAUCAGUGAAUGAACAUCAUGGGGACGUCCAGCCGGUUCUUGAUUGGCAAUCUAUGGGGCAUACCAUAGUCUGUUAUGUCCACGGCACAUGGAGGGAGCAAUAUGUUUUUACCGGUCAAGGAUGGUUAUGUCGAACGAUCGAUUCAGAUGAUGUGAUGAUGGGAGCGAUGAAUCUCCGACGAAGCCCAUCACCUUUACCUUCAACAUGUAAAGCUCUGAUUUUGGUAAUUGAAUGCAUGAAGACCUUCCAAAAUAUCUGAUGAACUUUUUUGCGAUGGAUUAUUCUCAAUUGGUAAAGAUCGCGUUGAUACCUAAAGAAUAUCCAACUUUUUCUACACAUAUGGAAGAAUUUCGACGCAGUAAAACUUUGUUCCCUAACUUCAAAAUCAGACAUAUUCCAAGAGUAUAAAACACAAUGGCGUACAAGCUUUCAAGUGGUGCUAAUAAUUCUCCUUCAGUUAUAUUUACGUCGGUUCUUCACUUUUGGUUUGGCUUUAUUAACUAACAGGUUAGUUUAUCUUUUGUUAUAAAACAAAAUACUAAUAUAAGACUUUCAUUCAUUUACUAGCAUUAACUUAUUGACUUAAACUAUAGUAAAUAUAAUGGCCUUGAAUUCAUUUAAACAAACUAUACACGACAUAUACCUUUUGUUACCAAAAGAAAAAAAAAGAGUAAGAAAAGAGAACCAACCAUAAGUGUUUCAAGAAUGACAAAGUUUUCGUUGACUAUACGUCCUUGCCGGUAGUUUAGGUUCAAGCAAAUGGCGGUAAUCCCGUUGAUUAUGUCGAUGUCAUGAGAGAAGCAUACACUAACAAGAAGACGGGCGAAAUUCAGGAUCCCCUCAUGAGAGAUGUCAUAGACUUGGUGCAAACCAAAAAUAAAACAGAAUUCCUAGCUUCUCAGCCAAUCUCUGAUGACGAUUCUACGGCAGCUUCUCAGCCAAUCUCUGAUGACGAUUCGUAUGAUAUUAUUUUUAAUUUCAAUUUUUAUGGAUUUAUAAAACAUAUUUCUAAAAUACACAUUUAUUUAAAGAUAAAAUAAAUAAAGUAUUUGAAAUUGAAAAAUAAUAAAGGAUUCAGACAAAACAGGUUCCGUCGGAAAUUUCCGACGAACAGUGGCCGUCGGAAAUUUUCCACGGACUCCCACGGAUGUAUGUCUCUCGGAAAUUCCGACGGAGUCAAGUAUCAUCGGAAUAUCGGAAUAACACAUCGUCGGAAUUUCUUCAGAAAUUUUUUCUGUUGCCCGCCUCUGUCAGAAAUUUAUUCCGACAAAUUGCAGACGAAAUCCUUCCGAUGAAACAUAUUGGCGGAAUAUCCGUCUGAAUUCUAUCCGUCGGUACUGGUCGGGCUUUCGUCGAAAUUUGUGACGAAUUUCCGACGAACAUUUUUUUCCGACAUAAUAAUUCCGCCGACUAUUUUCGUCGGAAUUUUGUCGAAAUAGCCUGACGAAGUUCCUACGAAAUUGGCCGUCGGAUUUCACAUGUUUUCUUGCAGUGAUGGUGGUGAUAAAGAUUAAUUAAUUUGUCACAACUAAUUUGUUCAAAAGCAUAUAUAAAGGUAGAAUAUGUUGUUGAUACUUGAAAAAAUUACUGCUAAUAAAAAGGCGUUAAUGAGUCACACCCACUUAAUUUAAGAAAAAUCAAAAGAAACCGAAACGAAGUUUGCAGGUUAAGGUUUAUAGUGGAUUUCUAUCGCAUGCAACGAUAGUAGGGUUCAUGGGAGGAGCAGGGAUGGUGGUGAGUCGUCAACAGCUUAAGGAUAUUUUCGGACUUAAACGUUUGACAGAGGCCACUGAUGUUAUCUCCAUCGUGCGUGCAGUCUUCUUCCAAACUCACCAGGUGUUUCUCUGUAAUGACCUUCAUAUAAAAAAAAAAAAAAAAAACCACAUGAUAGUCACAAGCAGUGUGCUUGCUUGCUUAAUUAAUUAAAAUUAAAUUAUGUGGCUGGGAGAGAUUUCUUCAAAGGAAGGAAUUAGUGAGCUGCUUAGUUGAUGAUUAUGAAUCAAGUUGCCAGCUGUCAUAUGUUCACCAAGUUUGGAGUAACUCAAGACACUUAGCUUGACAUCAAAUGAUUACUCUUCCUUUCCCCUCUCUCCUUGUCGUGAACAAACUGAUCAGAGAAAGAAAAAAAAAAUUGCAGAGAGAAAACAGAAAGAGAAGAGAAAAAGUGAAGGAAAAAAAAUCAUAGGAAAAAUCAGAGAAAAUAGACAAGACCUUGGAAGACUUUCUUUCAUCCUCUAUUUCAGUUCCUUGCUGUAUAGAAUAUCAGAAGUUCAGUAGCAGGUUCAGUGUAAGGGGGAGGAUCAAGUGAGUUCUUCUGUCCAUCAGUUGUUGUGCUGCUUGCUGGUCUUGCUGACUCACUCCAGUUCGUCCUUGUACCUGUGUACUCCCUUGGUUCCUUUCAGCCUGUUCGAGAUCAGUUCCAAGCUUUCUUAAAUUUCGGUUUCAAGACUUAUUUUAAGGUAACCAUUAGGCGGGAGACACUUUUCUCUUUUGGACUAGAAGGAACGGCGUAAUCAGCGGUAGUUUUUGUUGUCCUUGCAACGAACCUUUUGAUGUAUAUUUACUGUAAACGUUGUUGGGCGAUAGGCCGUAGGAUAAAACUAUAACGGUUUGUAAAAGGUUUAAAGUAAAUAAAUAAGGUAUAAAGUAUGUUUUAUAAACUACUAGUUCUCACAUGAUAUUAGUCCUUGUCCGGGACAAACCAACUAUCGAGUAUUGCUUGUCGGGUUGAAAAGCCUAAAGUGAUAUCCGAUAGGAGCGUCGGUGUUCUCAGUUUGUUGAUCUAAGGUGAUCGGAAUUAUUCAGGGAACCUCGGAUCGACCUUCGGAGAACAACGACGGUGUCAUUUCCGGUCAUCUAUGAUCGGGGGUGCCACAUUCUCAUUUCCGUUAUUCUUUUAAUUAAAUUAUUCACUAGUACAUCAAAAAUCUCAUUCCCAAUGUCGAUGAUUAUUCUUUUAAUUAAAGUAAUAAUUGUAUUUUGACAAUAAACAUGUGUUUAUUUGUUGUGUAGUGGAGAUGGGAGAGUGGCGUUCUCGGUUGUGUUUUCCUUUUUUUCCUUCUUUCCACUAGAUAUUUCGUAAGUAUUCUCAUUCUACCUUUUAUCCAUGAAAAAUGUUUCCCAGCUAAUAUGGUGAAAUCCAUUCAAUGUAUGAGAAUGUGUCAACAAUUAUACGAAGUUUAUGUUAAUACAUACCACAUGUACGAAGUAAAUAAUUAUAUGAUGGAAACAUCACAAUUCAGUUUAAUUGAUUUUAAGCUAAGUUAAUGAGGUCAAUCCGUAAUAUAAGAAAGUUAAUUAUGAUUUACAAAAUUUGACCCGACCCAGCUCCUUUACCCGACCAAUUGUGGAUUUAAGUCUCAUGUUUGGAUCCCCAAUUUUCGAAAUUAGGGUUCAUAACAACAAAAAAUCGAUUUCAAACAUAUAUAUAUAUAGAGAGAGAGAGAGCGAUGGAAUUGAAUAGAGGAUCCAACAUUAAGCGAAGGGGCAAGGCAAGUGAAGUCAAUGUGCUUUGUUUUUGUGGGUUACCGCCAAUUAUAUCUUAAGCAUGGACAUACAAAAUCCCACUCUGUUUUAUCUAGUUAAGGGUUCGCAGGACUCUCACUCUGUCUCUAGUGGCGACUCCUUCCCUUUCUCGCAAUUUCUCACCUCUGUUUCUCCCAAAUCGAUUUCCGUUAUGAACCCUAAAAUUUUCAAUUGGGGCAAAAUCAAGAACAAGGGCCGGGUUAAGGAAAAUGAAGAAAUCGGGUUUUAAUAAUUUGGGUUGGGUCGGAGUUAGUUAAAUUGGGGUUAAGUUUAAUAAUUAUGAAUUGACUUCAUUAACUUAAAUUUAAAUCAAUUAAACUCAAUUAUGAUGUUGCCACCAUAUAAUCAUUUAUUUCAUACAUGUGGCAUAUAUUAACAUAAACUUUGUGUAGUUAUUGAUAAAUUUUCAUACAUUGAAUGGUUUUCACCAUAUUAAGGUAAACCUCGUUUAGGUGAGAAACGUUUUUCCUUUUAUCAAAAUAUUAGUAACUCCAAAAAAAAAAUUAAAUUAUAAGUUUUUAGAACCUAUUAGUAACUCUAAAAUACAAAAGUCAUCAUGUAAGAGAAAGUUAAUGUUUUUACUAACAUAAAAAAAAAUAUAUAUACAUAUAUAUAAUUGACUAACUAUAAUUUUUUUUUUCUUUUAGAAACUUAUAUGGUUUCUUAUUGUUGGAGUUCCUCUUAACUUUACACACGGCAGAUCUUAAUAAAAACACGUUAUAGUAAAAAAAAAACGUUCCCACAAGGUCAUAAUCUAUAGUUUAUCAAUCUUUUACUUACAGAUAAUAUAUAAGAAAAAACGUUCAUAAUCAAUGUGUGUGUGUGUCUUUAUUUUUCUUUUCUGACACCACAUAUCUAGCUAAAAUGAUGAUACAGAGCACGAAGAAACCAAAAUUCUUCUGGGUGGCGGCGAUGGCUCCUUUGACCUCAGUGAUUCUUGGAAGCCUCUUGGUUUACCUCACUCACGCUGAGCGACAUGGUGUUCAAGUGGUAUUUUUCAGUCUCUUUAUUUUACAAUGACAACCCCACAAAAAUAAUCUAUUAAGAGAAAGUAUAUACGUACAUCUCACUGAAAAUCUACAAACUUAAUAUAUAUAUUCAACGGAAAUCUGAAAAAAAGAAAGGUAGGUAGAACAUUGUGGUUAGAAAAGAUACAACAUGCAAGAAAUUUUAGUUUAUAAAUAGAUUGUGGGAAAAGAAGUGAGAUCAUGAGCAUUUUUGGCCUUUUUAAUAUUGUCCGAAAUGGAGAGGAAUUAUAGUAAAAGAAGGUGUGUGAUUGUGCAGAUAGGGAACCUUAAGAAAGGGCUGAAUCCACUGUCCAUUUCUGAUCUGAGAUCUCGUCUUUACUUCGCCUUACAUGCCGACAGCUCUCAAAACUGGCCUCAUUACUGGGAUCAUAGCUCUCGCUGUAAGUUUAAUACCAAACAUUCUUUUGUUCAUUCGGGAGAAAACGCAAUAAUCAGGGUUUGAACAAUCCAUGCCUGCAUAACGUCUCCUCCAAAAAACAUGCACUUAUACAAAUCAUAAUAAGCAGUUUUUAAGGUUGAAUCAUGAAAAAAAAAAAAUCAAAAUUUAAGUAAAAUUCAUGUCUAAAUGUAGGAAGGGGUAGUAGCUGUAUUAGAGUUAUAACCGGUUAUUGAUAUCUGGUUUAGACUGGUUUAGUUUCCUUUAGCUUAAACCAGCUAUAUAUAUACAAACACUUGUACAGUUACAUGAUUGAGCUGAAUAAUAUACAGUUUUAUAUUUUCUAACAAACUUUCUUCAUCGUCUUCUUCUCUUCAUCAUCUCAUCGAUUCAUCACCUUCAUAUCUUCUAAUAUGGUAUCAGAGACUUUCUGAUCUUCGUUCUUCCGCUUCAUCUCUUCCGAUUAUCAGCUCCGUUUUCGCUUCAUUCCGCCGAUCAUGAGUGUUUUCAUACAUCCUCUGCUCGUCGAACUUCUUGAGCUUCUUUCUACUUUCAUCGUCGCCGUCUACGAGCUUAUUCUUCUCGUUCUCUUUCUCGUUUCUCAUUGAACCGAGUGUUCUUGCUUACGACUGGAUCGAUAUUUUCUUGAUUGGAUUUCGCUAUGGCUUCUCCAGAUCUGGAAUCGAUUCCGCCGCCUUCUUCUUCGAUUCCGGCUCGCUCGAGCUCGAUUCCGUCAUUAUCUAAUCCAAAUUCCAAUCCUCUGUACGUUCACAAUGCGGAUCAUGCCGGUAUCUCUCUUGUCUCUGAAAAACUUACUGGCCUUGGGAACUUUAAUAGCUGGCGUCGCUCGAUGUUACUAGCUUUAGGUGCUCGCAAUAAGGCCGUCUUUGUUACGGGACUCUAUCCGGAUUUAGAUGAGAGUCAUCCUGAUUUUGGUUCUUGGUCGAGAUGCAACAACAUUGUAUGCACGUGGAUAGUGAAUGCCGUUGAUAAGUCCAUUGCUAAGAGUAUCAUGUAUCUUGAUACUGCUCGCCAAAUGUGGCAAGAUAUUCACGACCAGUUCAAACAGAGUGAUGGCCCUCGUACUGCUGAGAUCAAACAACAGAUAUAUGCGGAGACUCAAGGUUCACAGAGCGUCAGUGAGUAUUAUACACGUCUCAAACAGCUUUGGGAGGAGCUUAAGAAUCAUGAGGAUCCGUACACAUGUUGCUGUGGACAUUUGGAUUGUGCUAGUCAUAAGCAGCUUGCCACAAAGGAUGAACAAGAUCGUGUUCUGAAGUUUCUAAUGGGUCUUAAUGACAGCUUCACUGCUACAAGAGGGCAGAUUCUGAUGAUGGAGCCGAAACCACUUCUUGCAAAAGUGUUUAACAUUGUCUCUCAAGAAGAACGUCAACGGUCUAUGAAGUCUACAAGUGGUGUGGCGUUUCAGGCUUCUCAAAUGACUUCUUCUCCGGACUCAGUGGUUGCGGCUUAUGCUGGUGGCUAUAAUAAACAGAGGCCUCGUCCCAUCUGCUCUCACUGUGGUCUUGCAGGACACACGGUAAACCGAUGCUAUAAGCUCCAUGGUUAUCCUCAAGGCUACAAGGCUUCGAACUCCAGCUAUAAGGGACAGAAUCAAUCACAGCCCAAACCUACUGGUGGUUCUCAACAAUGGAACAAGAACACGAACGUGGCUAAUAUGGUUGCUCAGGAUCUUGGGAGUAUCUCUAUGCAUGAUCAACAGGGAACUCACUUGGAGACAGUGACGACAGAACAAGUUCAGCAUCUUCUAAGUGUUCUCAAAGCUAAUUCUAACAGCAAGGAGAACAAUCAUUCUCAGAUUUCAGGGAGCACAAUUUAACUUGCAGAUGGCUCAGUCUCUACUAUCAAACCUCAACCACAUCUUGUUCCCAUUUCGUCUUCUCACCCUUCUUCUUCUGGUACUCUCCUAAAUGACUCAAACUUUAUCUUUUCUGCGGGAAUCAAAGACAGCCUUACUUUUAUGCAUGAUUCUUGGGUCAUAGAUACAGGAGCUAGUUGUCACGUGUGUUCUAACUUGAAAAUGUUUUCUCAAACGCAAACAAUUACUAACACCACUGUGACUUUACCUGAUGGAACACGGAUUGCGGUAACAACUUCUGGAACUAUUGUCUUGACUGACAACUUGAUUUUAAAUCCGGUGCUUUAUGUUCCUAAUUUUCAUUUCAAUCUUCUAAGCAUCAGUGCAUUAACUAAAAACACUUCUAUCUCGGUUCUUUUCUCUUCUAGUUCAUGUCACAUUUUGUCUUACAAUCCUCUUGAAUUUCUUCAGGAGCAUACUCCGGAUUACAUGAUUGGGAAGGGUAACCUUCUCGACAAUCUCUAUAUCCUGGAUCCAUGUGCUCCUGCUUCUUCUGUUUUACCUCAAGAUCAUCACGUUUCUCAAAUUUCAUUUGAAGUAUGGCAUCAAAGAUUGGGACAUCCUUCGCAGAAUAAAAUUCAUAUUCUUUCAAAGAGUUUAGAGGUUUUCAAAAACAAGAUAGGCCAUGAUCAUUUGUGUAAAAUUUGUCCUUUGGCUAAACAGAAACGCUUGUCAUUUUCUUCUUCUAAUAAAAUGUCUGCUUUACCAUUUGACUUGUUACAUUUAGACAUUUGGGGUCCUUUUCGUGUUCCAACUAUUGAUGGAUAUAGAUAUUUCUUAACAAUAGUAGAUGAUUGCUCACGAGUUACAUGGGUGUAUCUCUUGAAAGAUAAAAGCUCGGUUGCUACGGUUUUCCCAGAAUUUUUAACUUUCAUUGAAACACAAUUUCAAACUUCUGUGAAAGCCAUUAGAACCGAUAAUGCU